AUGUUUUUAUUUGCAUUGCUCAUGCUGAGCACAGGUUGCUACCAAGUGGUGCAUGGUGACGUGGCAAACUACAAGUCCUGUGGGACAGACAAGCAAUGUGUGCCCUACGAACUCUGCGGUGAGGGACUCUGGCUGGACGGACAGUUCUAUGCGGAUCGUAGUCGAACCUUGUUGGAUGAGCAGCAUUGUCAUUAUAUGGAAAAAUGUUGUGGCGUGCAGCAGACGCUAGCAACAGCCAAGAGCUUGAAUUAUAGCACGACCAGCAGUUGUGGCGAGUGUCUGGAUGAGUGGCUGCAUCUGCGUCCGUUGGGCUAUAAGCAGCUGGAGUCUAAAUUUGCCGAGUUUCCCUGGUUGGUGGCUAUUUAUGGCUCGCAUGGUUAUCUCUGCAGUGGCGCUUUGAUUGCCACGCUAGCUGUGCUUACCGCCGCGCACUGCGUGCAAGAAGAGUCCCGGGAAACGCUGCAUUUGGUGGCAGGUGAAUGGGAUGCUGCAGUGCAGCUCGAACCCUUGCCACAUCAAACACGCAACGUCGCUGAGCUGCUGCUGCAUCCAAACUACACGCAACAGCCGGCGGCUCACAAUCUGGCGCUGUUGCUGCUGCCGCAGGAGCAACCAUUCGAGCUGGCUCCGCAUAUCCAAUUGAUUUGCAUGCCACCGCCUCACUACAGCUACAACUACAGCCAGUGCUAUGUGGCAGGCUGGCGUCGUCAGGACUUUGCUUGCAAUGUCACCUUGCCUCAACGUGCGCCACUCUAUGUGCUACCGCGCGAUCAGUGCGCUGCCAAAUUGCGUCUGGCCAUUCUAGGACGACGCUUUGCGCUCAAUGACACUUUGCUGUGCGCGGGCGGCGAUAAGCUGCAGUUUCUUUGCCACGAUCUGGGCGCCAUUCCUUUAAUGUGUCCUGGCAAGCAUGAGCGCUUUAUGCUUGCGGGACUGAUGGCGCGUGCAGUUCGCUGUGAUGGGCCCCAGAUGCUCAGCAUAUACUCGAAUAUACAAUACUACAGACCUUGGAUUGAUCAGAAGCUAAGAGAGCGCGACUUGGACAUAAGACCUUAUAUGCUUUGAAUUCGAACUAAGGACCAAACUUUUGCGAUUAAAUGUGAUAAGCAAAAAAGCAUUUAAGGCAUGUCCUUAACUUUGCCUAUAACCAUAUGCAUUAUUAA